AUGGGAGGAACUAAUGCUGUUCCCAGUGUGAUAUUUGUUUCUCAGGCCCAAGAAGUACUGUUUCCAAGCAUUCUUGGCUCAAUCUGUCAAUCUCCAAGAGUUCAAUACUUUCUUGUCAUGGCAAUGGUGUCUGCAAAUACUAUCUACUCAUUCCUGUUCUUUAUAACUCUAGCAAGACAUGCUCUACCUACAAUCACCAAACCCAGAAGAUUUGUGACAAAACUCGUUCAUCGAGACAACGUAUUAUCACCUUACUACAACCCCAUUGACAGUGCCAAGCAAGAUAUCGAGAGUUCCAUCACUCGCUUCGCCUAUUUAUCUGCAAUAGAAUCAGGCACACAUGAUAAACAUACCACUCCAACUGCAGCAGAUAGAGGCUUGUUCUACGUAGAAUUCUCCAUCGGACAACCGCCAUUUUCCCAACUCGCAGUCAUGGACACUGGGAGUAGCCUCAUAUGGGUUAAUUGCCUAACAUGCGAUCUUUGCUCCCAAGAGGAGAACCACCAGAUCUUCGACCCUUCCAAGUCGUCCACGUAUACCCCAAUGCCAUGUAAACCUUAUCAUUGCCCUUCCUGCAGCUGGGAAAACAAGUGCAUGUUCAAAAUCAGAUAUGUUCGCGGCAUUGGAUUAAAAGGAAUCCUCUCAAAGGAACAGCUGACUUGCAGUACAUCAGAUGGAGAUACUAAUAUUAUCUCCAAUGUGACUAUUGGAUGUGCAGAGAGUAACAGGCUUGACAUUGACCAAGACAACAGAGGAGUGUUUGGACUUGCCAUGGAUGAAACCAGAUGGCCAACAUCUUUGGUAACACAAAUGGGCUCAAAAUUCUCCUACUGUAUUGGAAAUAUGAAUGACCCGAAUUAUGCUUACAACCGGUUAAUUAUAGGGGAUGGAGCAGUGAUGGAAGGGUAUUCGACUCCAUUGGAGGUUUACAAAGCUCAUUACUACGUUAAAAUGGUAGGAAUCAGUUUAGGCGAAAAAGAUCUAGAUAUAAACCCAAAUGUAUUUAGAAAAACACCAGAUGAAGACAAUGGAGUUGUCAUCGACUCUGGGUCCGCGUAUACAUGGCUUGCAGGAAAAGUCUAUGAUGAGCUAAGGUUUGAAGUUCAGAGUCUCUUAGAGACACAGUUGCAAGAAUAUAGGUACGUUGCAAGGCCUUGGCAACUAUGCUACAUUGGGAGUGUGAGCCGAGAUCUCGCUGGGUUUCCAGUGGUGACAUUCCGUUUUGCCGAUGGUGCUGAUUUGGGGUUGGAUGUGGGCAGCUUGUUCUCGCAGGUAUCACGGGAUGUGUUUUGCAUGGCUGUUGGACCAAGUUAUGUGAACGGAAACAGUCGCCAAAAGCUGUCAGUGAUUGGGAUGAUGGCUCAACAACAGUAUAAUGUGGGAUUCGACCUCAAUUCUAAAAUGUUGUUCUUUCAGAGAAUUGAAUGUGAACUUCUUGAUGAUUGA